AUGUCCAGCCUCCCCAAACGUAUCAUCAAAGAAACAGAACGUCUCGUUUCCGACCCCGUUCCGGGAAUAACCGCGUCGCCUUCCGACGACAACUUGCGGUACUUUGAAGUCACCAUUGACGGUCCCAGCCAGUCGCCGUACGCCAAUGGCGUGUUCAAAUUGGAACUCUACCUUCCUGACGAUUACCCAAUGUGUGCGCCGAAAGUUCGGUUUUUGACGAAGAUUUACCACCCGAAUAUUGAUAAGUUGGGCAGGAUUUGUUUGGAUGUGUUGAAGGAUAACUGGUCGCCAGCGCUUCAGAUUAGGACGAUUUUGUUGAGUAUUCAAGCGCUUUUGGGGGCACCGAACCCGGACGAUCCGUUGGCGAAUGACGUGGCCGAGGAGUGGAAGAGGGAUGAGAGGGGGGCCAUUGAGGUGGCGAAGGAGUGGACGGACAGGUACGCCAAACAGCAGUGA